AUGUCUCUUGGGUUCCUACGGAUAGAACCCAUGCGGUACACCAAAUACAUCCAACAAUGUCUGGCUGUUCUUGAGCAGGAAAGGGAAUACGACACAGACAUGCGCCUCGUGACACUCGUCAGGAUCCAGCACUUGACAGAGAGAAUUGCACAACUCAAUGCUCCAGAUGACCCGGCGGAAGAAGUUGUUGGUCUACCAGCAGCUCCAUUAUCAGCCUACGUUUCUGCGUUCCAUGGUGAGCUCGACAGAAUCAGGAAUGGGUCAUCUCCUGAGCUUCAAAACGACAAUGCCCCCAGAAUUAUAUCGAUGUCAGAGUCAUUGACAUCUCCGACAUUAGGGGCUGCUUCAGCUCUCGACAUUUUUUACCAGUCAAGAAACGCCUUAAAGAAGUUCUUCGAUGAUUGGCUUCUGGUCCCAAUUCCAGAGUUUUACAAUCAGACAACACCAGUAGUUGCACAACUGGUUUACGGGAUGACAAUGCUCGGUCGCUGGGCCAAAUACACUGCGCCAAUUCCUUUGACAAAGGCUACUACACCGAUGCCGCAGGACACAAGCGCACGAGAUCCCCACGAUGAGAUUUACAAAGUAGACUCCGCGUACUCGGCGAGCGUGAGUCCAUCAGUCGCAACACCCUCAGUAACGACGGGAAGGGAAUCUCAUGAAACCAGUCCGAUUUCACUGCGGGAGGGUACAGAUCCGAGACUACCAGCUGCUGUGGCUGCUCUUCGGUCACAGAUCCAAACCCAACCAGGACUCUCCCUUGAUGUCACAGGGAUACUCUCAGCGAUCUGCACACGGUUUGAAGAGGCCAACGCAUCAUUCCAGAUGGCGUCAACAGAGCCUGGCUCAUCGGAUCACAACCUCUGGAGCAUGAGCGCCAUCAAAGUCAAGAUCACAAGGGCAAAAUUAGAAAGAUGGGCCGAGAUCGUCGCAGCUGGGACAGAGGCGCUCAAGAUACGCGAUGAGGCCCGAGACACGGAUAUGGCGGACAGUAACAUGAGCGAAACCGGACAAGCUGCUGGCGCUGACGCUGUGCCAUCAUUGGUCAAUGACUCAAACACAGUGUUUGCUAUGGCAGACUGGAAUCCCGAAGCACAGUGGGCUUCCGAAGUGCUGCAGGGAGUUGAUCCAUCGAUAUGGUUUGAUGGAUAUUUAGACUGGAGUUCUGUCGUCAUGAACUCAAUGGGUAAUUUCGAGCCAUAA